UUAUGUGAUUUUAUAAUGAAUUUAUCUUUCGCGGGCUGUGGUUUUCUCGGCAUUUAUCAUGUUGGUGUGGCUGUGUGCUUUAAGAAAUAUGCACCGCAUUUGUUGUUAGGAAAAAUAUCAGGUGCUUCCUUCGGUGCUUUAUCUGCGUGUUGUUUACUAUGUGAACUACCUAUUGGUGAAAUCACAAGCGAUGUUCUUCGUGUGGUACGAGAAGCGAGGGCAGGGUCUCUUGGCCCGUUCAGCCCAUCAUUUAAUAUACAAAAUGUGCUCCUCGAGGGUUUGGAGAAGUACUUACCUCAUGAUGUCCAUAAGAUAGUCAGUGGCAAGCUACACAUAUCCCUUACGAGGGUAUAUGAUGGAAAGAAUGUUAUAGUUUCAGAAUUUCCGACAAGGGAAGAUCUUUUACAGGCGUUAUUAGCCUCCUGCUUCGUACCAGUAUUCUCGGGCAUGCUGCCCCCUCAGUUUCACGGCAUCCGCUACAUGGAUGGAGGGUUCAGCGACAACCUACCUGUACUAGAUGAAAAUACCAUCACCGUCAGCCCAUUCUGUGGCGAGAGUGAUAUUUGCCCGAGAGAUUUGAGCUCACAGCUGUUUCAUGUAAAUGUAGCAAACACGAGUAUAGAAUUGUCAAAACAGAACAUGGAUCGUUUUGCACGAAUCCUCUUCCCUCCCACACCCGAAGUACUUAGCAGUAUGUGCAAACAAGGAUUUGAUGACGCCCUCAGAUUCCUUCACAGAAACAACCUGAUCUCUUGUACGCGGUGUCUCGCUGUGCAAACUACUUUUCAACUACAGGACGUGCUCGAUGACACAACGUACGAAUACGACCCUGACUGCGAGGAAUGCAAGACACAUAGACAGGAUGCUUUAGUAGACGACCUCCCAGAUACUGUGAUGACGAUAUUCCAAAACGCUAUAGACUCCGCCAACAACGGACUAGUGAACUGGGUGAUGCGACAACGCGGUAUGAGAUUCGUUUCGCUGCUGACACUUCCAUACCGAGUGCCUAUCGAUAUUAUGUACGCUACGUUUACCAAGUUUGUAACAUCAACACCGAAGAUGAGCAAGUCCUUAUGGAGGUUAAGCCUGAAUCUACUACAGCAGCUGCAUUGCUUCCUGUACUCCGUUCACGAUAAGUCAGAAGCGGCUUCACAAAUCUAUAACAAGCUGACAAGGGGUGCCAAGAAGGAAGAAGGCUUUCAGCUGGAUAGAAGGCGGGCGAGCGAGUUCCGAGUGUCCUACAAUGACGCCAUCAGCGAAACCGAUACGUUCGAGCACAUCCUCAGUGUGACUGCACACAAUGACGCACUACUGGCUUACUAUUACCUUGACAGUGAUAAUAAGGUGAAAAUGACAGAGAUAUACGAUGUCACAGACGCAGACACGGAUGUAGUACAGUCGCAAUACGAGCGCUCUGUCAACAAAGAACUCGAAUUCGACAACGACUGGUCGACGGAGCUCUUGGCUGAUAAUGAUGAACUGGACAUCGAUGAAAUAGACGACGAUGAAUUAACAGACACAAACAUCUUCUCAGAUCCUGAGAGCGAGUGGCGGCGACAGUCCAUUUCAGGCUCUGGUGACGAAAGUGAUGAUGUGCCAGAGUCCGAACGGCAGCUACUGGAACACAUAGACUGCGAAAGGCUCGCAAAAACGGUAAACAAACGGGCUGUGAUCCUGACCAACUUCAUGCUGAGCAAUUUAAUCGAGGCUAUUUCUCAGUUACUGUCCAACACCACGUUACUGUCGUCGUUGACGCUGGAAGGACUCCCUUUGAAGAUACCUUAUUUGAAUCCUCUUUGCGAGGCUAUCUUGGCAAACAGUUCACUACAACACUUAUACCUGCCGCGCUGUUUGAUUGGUGACGUGGGUUGUCAGGCUGUCUGUAAGGCUGUCCGCUGUCUGCCGAACAUCCUUACACUAGAUCUAUCCGAAUGCGAGCUUACUCCACUAGGGGCUGGAUACAUUGCUGAUUUAGUCAAGUAUCAAAAAAUUCACCGCUACAGCGAGAACUGGGUGCAUACUUUACGGUAUCGACUGCCUGAGUUAGACACUAUGGCCGGUCUCCGACGUAUCACUCUUUGUAGCAACACUCAGCUUGGGGAUGUCGGAGUUUCAAAACUGUUAGAUGUGCUUGCUGAUGACUUAUGGAUAAUGGCAUUAGACAUACAAAACUGCGGUAUAACAGAACAAACAGCAACGAAAGUGUUACAAAUGCUCCGAAUCAAUACGUCGGUUGCAAUCUUGGAUAUGAGGCAAAACCCAGAAAUAUCCAGUCUGUCGCUAUCUAAAGUACGCGCGACUUUGAGGGAACACGAAAGAGGUGGUUUGGGAGUGCAAUAUUCAUGGCUUCAAAUCAUUGGUACAAGUCCUACAGAUGGCAGAUCAAUAAAAUCUACUGCGCCAAAGAACGGACUAUCUAAAGACAGGAUGUCGUCUAAUACGCGAACUGCACUAAUUAAUAAAUAUACUGCUAGUAAAUCGACUACAGCCAAAAAAGAGAAGGAAUAUGCAGAAACGCUGGAAGAACAACUUCAAGAGGAGAUAUCACAUAGGCAGCAGCUUGAAGAGCUGAACCUGCAAUUAGUCGACCAGAUGAAACAGCUGAAGCAGCAGCAGAUACGUCUUUGGGCCACUUCAUCAGGUUCAGAGCAAUCGUUCCAAGAAAGUUCGCGAUCAAUCGAUCUAUCAAGUAGUUCAGGAUCCUUGAAUUCUGUACCCAUCGAUCAGAACACGCUUUCGUACAUCCAACAGGCGUUUAAAGACAUUUAUGCGUUUAUAAAAAACAAUCAGUGUGAUCACGGAAAAAGCCUUUAUGAACACACUAAGGACUCAAACCAGCAACCAGAAACUGAGAAAGAAGUGAAUAACCUAGAGGACCAGGAACCCGAAUUGCGUAUCAACAUAAUACCGAAGAAGGCUCACAGCCAGCACUUGAAACUAAUAGAUGUGAAGAUGAACAAGACUACCAAAUCCGCGCACAUGCUUGGAGACGUGCUUUGGGACAGCAUGGGAGUGAAGCCAGAGAUGAUAGAAAAACAUAUGGGCGAUAUGAAAAACGCUCACGGCGACGAACAAUGUAUGGUAGGAGAUUUAUUGGCAGCAAAAACUAAGAUCAAGAAGAAAAAUACAUACGAGAAGAUAAGUCCAUGCAGUAGCAUGGUGAGCGACUCAUCGGACACUUUAGUGUGCACCCCAGUGGAGCGCCUGCCCCUGACAGGUAUGGGAGCGGUGGGAUUAAACCCUCUCGCUUCUUUUUCGAGCCCCAGGUUCAACCCACGUGAGGCGCUUUACUCCUCGACGGAUGAAGACAGCUCUUGACUUUAGACGAGUUUUAUUUUUAUGAACAAAAGUGUUGUGUGUCAAGAUUUUCUUUUAAUGUGUAUAAAAUUUGAUUUUUAAUCUGAUCAUAAAUAAAUAAGAAAAAUAAGAGUGUUUUAACAAUCUAUAAAACUUACCUGUUUAUUUUUUCAUCAAUAUCCGGAAUCCAUCUUGAGUCAUGCGCCGGUCUUUUUACCCGUUUAGUUAGCAUUUCCAUUUCCUCCGAUAGUGGCGUCUUCUUUCGUCUCUUGAAACUAACUUGCGCGUGCACCAGGUGACGGCUCGUCAUUAUCGUGAUGCGCCAGGCAGCCCUUUCAGUUUUGUACGUAGUUUAUGGGUAGCCCUUACCAGAGUCCUGAUUUUGAUUCAAAACGGAAGCGAUCAGA